AGCCUGGUGAAUACAGCACUUGGUGGGCUGCGUUUGUCGAUUGAUGACCGGCUUCAUGCGCUCUUGAGUAACAUACUUCAGUUGCAUUACAUGAAUUCGGGGGCUCGGCUCUUCAUAAAUAUACUUCCUAAGAUAAAGUGAAAUCAUGCGACAUGAUACAUGCGCGCGGAGAUUGCAUGAAGCUAAAUCCUCUGAUCCGAUGAACCUGAUGCUGAACUUCAGAUGCGGAACUGCUUUCAAUUAGAAGACAAGAUGGAUGACUUUCUUCAUAGGAGUCUGAGUGUUCUGGACCGCCUCCUCCUCACACAUUCCAUCUGGCUUCAGCUGUCAAUCAACCCUGACUCUGCCCUCUGCAUCCUACAAAGAGAAAUAGUUGGGACUUUCCUGGUUUGUAAGUGUGCGUCCACUCAGAGGAAGGUGCUCUGUGUGAGGGUUCAGGAGAGCAGUUUGUCUGUCACACAAUACCCCAUCUGUGAGGAGGACUCCACCUUCUCCCUGGAGAGCUCCGCCUUGAGCUUUCCUGAUCUGUGCAGAUUAGUAGCCUUCUACUGCAUAAGCAGGGAUGUUUUGCCCUUCCCUCUGGAGCUUCCUGAAGCCAUCGCUCAAGCCACUAACCACACACAGCUAGAGAACAUUUCACACCUUGGUUUGGAGUUCUGGAGCUCCCAGACUUCCCCUGGGCCUCUCAAUGGCCCCCCAGCCAUGGCGAUGCGGCUGGCCUCCAAGGCGUGUUCGCCGUGCUUCAUCAACCCACUGUUUCUCCAGCCGGCGCAGCCAAGUCGCGGUGCCUCACAGAAGCGACAUCGCUUUAAGCGCAGCCUGCGUGUGCGCCUGUCCAGCGAGUCAUCCUUCUGCCUGGCCUCCACGGAGCCCGACAGGAGCCAGGGCGGCACGGAGGUCCUGUCACCCAGCCAGGGGGCAUCGCGGCGGGUCACUGGCCUGGGUGUACUCAGGCGCACCCCGGCUCUGGCCCCUCCCUCCGAGGAGGAGGAUGAGCAGAUGCUCGGCGACACACCUCCAAUUCCCCAGCCAGAGGACACGGAGCCAGCCCCGGAUGAGGGUGUGUGCCUGGCCCUGGAGCGACGCCGCGCCCCCUCACUCGCCGAGCUGGACAGCAACAGCUCCUUCAGCAGCCUCGAGGAUGAGGAGGCGGAGUCGCAGCUGGACCCCACCCUGCAGUGGCCGCCCAUGGCACGCGGCUCCCGCUUCCCGGUAGCAAACCCUGCCUCCACACUGCGCCGCAUGAGUGCUGCCUUCGUGUGUGUCUUUGCCCCUGAGCGGCGUGUGGCCCGACUGGUGGACGAGCUGUCCCGCGACCGGCACUCGGCAUUCGGCUCCUCCGUGCUGGAGUUCCUGGAGAAGCACAGGGAUGAGAUGAAGGCCCCACACUGGGGCUCCUCUGUGGAGCUGCUCCAGGGCCUGAGGAGGUUCCUCACCCAGGCCAAGAGCCUCCUGCUGGAGGCUGGAGAGCUGGAGCCGCCCAUCGAGACUCUGGUACCUGAGAAUGAGAAAGACCUGGCCCUGGAGAAGGCUCUUUUCGGCUGCGUCCUAAAACCACUGAAGCUCCAGCUGGGCCAGACGUUGCUCUCCCUCCACACCCAGGAUGGCUCUCUCCAGAGAUUCGCCAACAGCUUGCAGGCUUGCCAAGAGGGGGCGCUAGAGCGUCUGUGCGUGCGUGUGGGCGUUCUGGAUGCUCGUGGUGUGGAGAGAGCAAAGAAGAAGUUGAUUCUAAUGCAGCGAAGCCACUCGCCCAUAGACAAAGUGCUACUUCUGCUACAAGUGUGCAAGAGCGUUUACAAGGCAAUGGGAGGACAACCUGGUCAGGAUUUCGGCUCUGAGGAUUUCUUGCCAGCGCUGUCCUAUGUGAUUGUGCAGUGUAACAUCCCACAACUGCUGCUGGAGACAGAGUACAUGAUGGAGCUGCUGGAGCCGUCAUGGCUGACAGGGGAAGGAGGGUAUUACUUGACGAGCGUCUAUGCCAGCCUAUGGCUAAUCCAGAGUCAGCCUGGGAACUUGUCAACUAGUGGUUUAACCAAUGAGGCCCAAGAGAGUCUAAGAGAGUGGAGCAGAAGGCGGGGCCAAGAGGCCAAGAUCCAAAGAGAGAGCCAGCAGAACCAGAGAUUUGUCCGUGUCCUAUUCCAGAACACAGAGCGGAGUGGAGCCCAGACACUCCACUGGAAAGCAGGGGAGAGCGUGGAGGCACUGACCCAGACCUGCGCAGGGCUUUUUGGGGUCAAUGAUCCCCAGCACUACUGCCUCUUCUGGAGGGACGGAGGGGAGAUGAGGCCUGUCCCUGCCCACACACAGCCACACGAGCUGGGCUCGCACGGACAGAGAGCCUCCACCCUGUCCUACCUGCGUAAGGAUCAUGACUUCAGCAAGAUGCGCAGGCUGACCAGAGGGGGCGCGGUGGAUAUAGAGGAGUCCGUGUGCGAGGAGUGAAGAAGAAGGGCAAUGUGGAUUUGACUGCGUUGGUUUCCUUCGCAAGCUUGUAUUCGCUGGCCCUGUGUCCUAUAGGGAUUUGGUAUGGAGGUCUAAGUGUUUGUGUUGGUAGUUGCAUGUGUGGGUGACUGUUUAUUUCAGACCCUCCAAGAAAUCCUUGAUGCUCAGUUUGGCAUGUCAGUGUAUUGCUGAAGACACAGACAGUUCACAGCUGAACCUACAACAUCAGCUAGAAUGGAGAAAGAUGCUUGGCAAUAAGGCUUAAAGCAAUAUUUGCCAACAAAGGCAUUGGAAAGCAUCUUUUUAAUGCUUGCUGCACAGACAAUAAAUAUGUGUGGUUCUGGUUGUCGUGGGUGAGGUUGCCAAAGGUUACCGCUUGCUGAACUUCAAUACCAAAGUGUUGAACAUGAUGCUUUUAUACAGCAUCUUUUUAAAAGGUGGGUGAAAAGAUUUAAAUAAAUAAACAUAUAAAUAAAUAAAUAUAUAAAUAAAUAUAUAUAUAUGUAUAUUAUGUACAUUUCCAUGUAUGCAUCUGAGAUGCCCCAAGUGUUAGUAUGUAACAGAGUCAGUAAAAAUAAGUAAGGCUCUUUCAACUGUAGUGCUUUUGUAUGAGAAGAAGGCAGAAGAUCAUUUAUGGUCCUGUAACAACAAAUGGAGAUUGUUUUUCAGUAUAUAAAGGUUGUCUCUACAUAUCUUUUUAAACAGGAAAACUUAACAAAAUUGUACUUUAGUGCAUUUAGAAAAACGUUUCUCCUUUCCGACUGAACUCAUGUCAGCUUUCAAAACUUUCAAGACUGGUGGUCAGCCUGUGAUUCGUACCGUGUUGCAUUCACUGAAUGUGCUGUAAUGGUAACACCCUAUGGUGGUUUAAGUGAUCGCACAAACACUAUCCAAAAGACUGACUGGUUUUCAUCAAGCCAAUUGACCAUUCUGUUGCAGCCUGUUGUACUAAAUCCUCUUCAGACACUUAAUAUUGUAACACUUUAUUGCUAUGCUGUAUUGUGUGGUUUUAAACUUAUUCUAUAUGAGUACAUGAGUAUGAAUUCAGUUUCAGUGAGGAACACUUUACCAGUCAGCGCAAAUGGAUUUAUAUUUGGAUGAUGUAUUUGAAAUAUUUGAUUUUUGCAUGUAGUCACAGCUGUGAUGAGGUGUUGCUGAUGUAAAUUAUGCAUGUUUGAAUUGCUAAAGAUAAAGUAAGAUUCCAUUUUUUUCCCUGAAUGCACUGGUAUGAUUGUACUGUACUUUCGUUCCAUAACAAGCUACAUUAAAUCUUCACGAAUACUCAGAAUCUGUUCUUCAAUAUAUU